AUGUAUGGGCAACGAGUGUGUGUUCCAGACUGCUAUAAAGCAAAAAUAUUAGACGAGUUGCAUCAUGGGCAUCUUGGUGUAGUAAAAAUGAAAGCAAUUGCCAGAUCUUACGUGUAUUGGCAAGACAUCGACCAAGGCAUAGAAAAUUCGGCGAAAAACUGUUUGGGCUGUGCUAGGUUCAAGACGGACCCAGUAAAAGCAAAAGUUCAUCAUUGGGAAUAUUCCAGUGCACCAUGGGAAAGAGUGCACAUUGAUUUCGCAGGACCUAUAUUUGAACGGAUGUUUCUACUUAUUGUUGACGCCCAUUCAAAAUGGCUUGAAGUUUACCCCAUGAAGACAGCCAACUCAUUCAAGACAAUUGAAUGCCUCCGAGAUUGCUUUUCACGUUUUGGACUACCUGUAGUGUUAGUUUCCGACAGCGGCACACAGUUUACUUCUCAAGAGUUCCAAACAUUUAUACGAAGCAAUGGCAUUAAGCAUAAGACAUGCGCCCCUUUCAAACCAUCCAGCAAUGGACAAGCAGAGCGCUACGUGCAUACAUUAAAACAAUCUCUCCGUGCCAUGCAGAACUUUGAAGGAAAUAUCCAGCAAAAGGUUAGCACCUUCCUCAUGCAAUAUCGCAAGGCUCCUAAUAUGACAGCUAUGAUUAGUCCGGCUAUGCUUUUCCCUAAGUGA